AUGUUAUUAACUGAACAGUAUUUUUCUAAAUCAUAUUUAUAUGGUUGUCGACCACAUGUUAACGUUGUGUUUAUGAAAACCCAUAAAACUGGCAGUACUUGCAUACAGAAUAUAUUCUUGAGAUAUAGUGAUUCACACGAUUUGCUUAUAGCUGUUCCCAUAACUAAUGGAUACUUUGGUCAUCCGGAUCUGUUUCGCAGACAAUUUGUUCCAAAAUUAAAAGCAAAUAUUUCUUAUAAUAUGAUUGCAAGUCAUAUGAGAUUCAAUUAUGAAGAGCUAAAAGCAAUGAUGUCAUUGAAUACUAAAUUUGUAACAAUUUUGAGACAUCCAAACACAUUGUUUGAAUCGGUGUAUAGCUAUUAUAAUCUAAAACUUUUAUUUAAUGUAACUUACGAUGAUUUUUUGAAAUACUUGUACACAAACACAACAAAUGGCAAAAAUAUCAGAAUUAAUUCAAGACUACAUCAAAGAUUUGGCAGAAAUCAAAUGUCUUUUGAUUUGGGAUUAAAUGUAACACAAUUUGAAAAUAAUAUAACAAUCAAUAAAUUUAUUGAUAAAUUAGAGAAACAUUUUGAUUUAGUUUUGAUUAACGAAAGAAUGGAUGAAAGUUUGAUAUUAUUGAGACAAGAGUUGUGUUGGACUCUAAACGAUGUCAUUGUCUUCAAAUUAAAUGCUAGAAAAGAUUAUAUCAAACAAAAAAGGUUUGUAAUGAUUCCAUUCCUCGUCUUAUUUCCAAAAGUUCCUUAUAUUCCCUUUUCUCUGGGAAUUCAGAGGCAAUCUAUUUCCUAA